CAUGUCUGUUGAUACAAAUACAGCGCCUUCACCUAUUCACCUUCUACGGACUCAUUCGUCAUCUAUAUCUGCUCUAUACAUAUCGGACGACAACGAAAGAAUAUAUUCUGGCGACGCAUCUGGCGAAGUUAUCUGCACCUCGACGCGUUCUUUGCGUCCCGUAUCGUCCUGGAAGGCCCAUACAGACAGCUUGCUGGGGAUAGAAGAGUUUGGUAGUCAGAUUAUUACGUUGACACGGAAGGGAUAACAAGCUUCACGUUUGGAACCGUACCGAAGAUGUCUCUACAUCGGUUAAUUUGGGUGGUCCUGAUCUUCUAGACCAACCGGAACCUUCUUUGGGGUACUCGAUGGAUGUUAAUGCCUUGAAUUAUUGCCGAUUUUCUUUGAUGCCGACAUCCGGUUGUGAGGUCUCUUCCUCUUCAAUUCGCGCCUCUUCGCAGGCUUUGAUUGCACUGCCCAACCUUGUCGAGUCUUCUCAAGCCGACGUAUGGUCUCUUCCAUCACAAGAUCGCCUACACGCCGCUAUUGGGAACCAGAAGAAGAGAUCUAUAUUCUCGGACGGACGUGGAGGGGAGUCUGCUACCGGUAUCAUAAUGUCUCUUCAUCUUUUCCAGUCUCCGAACAAUAAGAAUGACUACAACUCGACGCAAAACUCGAGCCAAUUACGCCUCCUGUUGGCCUAUGAGAGUGGAACGGUCGCUUUACGACAGUAUACCGGCUCAGAAUGGGACCUAUCGGUUGAAGGAAAAGGAUGGGACGUGCUUUGGGAGGUAAAGUUACACAAGGAGGCCAUCAUGGCUAUGCGCGUCUCUCGCGAUAACUCCUUUGCUCUGACGGUGUCUGCAGAUCAUAUAGUGGGACGUUACGACCUUGUGGCAGCCUCCAGUGAUGUAUCAAGAUUCACUGAACAUCCGACAAAACAUCCAGGAAACGGGUCUAUUGCACUGAGAGAUGACGGAAGAGUGUGUGGUAUCGGUGGUUGGGAUGGGAGGAUAAGAUUGUUUUCCACAAGAAAACUGAAACCACUAGGGACGCUAAAAUAUCACAAGCAGAACUGUAAUGCGCUCGAAUUUGCGCGGUCUUUCCCUUCGGGCGGUGUGGGUAAGGAGGAUGACAUGUCUGAGGAUGAACUUGCCCGUCGGGGUCGAUGGUUAUUGGGAGGAUCAGCCGAUAACCGCGUAUCAAUUUGGGAGCUUAUAACUUUUGAAAAGUAA